AUGAAGAAUCUUGUCGCAUUAAUUACCGGAGGAUUAUCAGGUUUAGGUCUUGCUUGUGUAAAUAGAUUUGUACAUCAAUUUAAUGCAAAAGUUAUUAUAUGUGAUUUACCUUCCGUAUCUUCAAUAUCUAUUCCUUCUUCAUCAUUAUUUUUACCAACGGAUGUAACAUCAGAGAUUGAUGUAAAAAAUGUUUUUAAUCGUAUAAAAAAGGAUUUCGGUCGUUUAGAUGUACUUGUUAAUUGUGCUGGUAUUGUUCUAUCUCAACAAAUUUUCGAACAUUCAUUUAAAGAUUUUAAUCGUGUACUCGAUGUUAAUACUAAUGGAACGUAUAAUAUGAUUCAACAAAUGAGUCCAUUAAUGAUAAAUAAUGGAGUCAUUAUAAAUACUUCAUCGGUAGCUGCAUUUGAAGGACGACGUGGACAAACAGCAUAUGCAGCUUCAAAAGGAGCUAUCAUUGAAAUGACUCAACCAUUAGCAAAAGAAUUAGCAUCAAUGAAUAUUCGUGUAUGUGCUAUCGUUCCUGGUGCUUUUGAUACACCAAUGUUACGUAAAUUACGUACAACAGUUCCUAGUACACCAGGAAACUUUCCACUUUUUCCUGCUCGACUUGGUAGUACAGAUGAAUUUGCACACCUUGUUCAGACAAUUGUAGAAAAUCCAUUAUUAAAUGGUAUUAAUAUUCGACUCGAUGCACUUCUUCGCAUGCCACCUUGA